GCAUAAACCAGUCGUUGUCGUCUAUAUUUAAGGUUUUUGUUGUAAAACUUUUAGAGAAGUACCACAAACUAACGUAAGAAGGUCACGUGAUACAUUUAACGUCUCCGCCCUGCAUAUCUGCAAAAUGGAGGACCAUGAGGCGAAAGAACCAGAACAGCUCCGAAAGCUGUUUAUCGGAGGUCUGAGCUUCGAAACCACAGAGGAGAGUUUACGGGCCCAUUUUGAGCAAUGGGGAUCUCUGACAGACUGUGUGGUGAUGAGGGAUCCUAACAGUAAACGAUCCAGAGGGUUUGGUUUCGUAACUUACUCCUCUGUAACUGAAGUUGACGAGGCCAUGAAAGCGAGGCCUCAUAAAGUCGACGGGCGAGUUGUUGAACCCAAGAGGGCUGUGUCCAGAGAGGACUCUAACAAACCUGGAGCACAUCUGACAGUGAAGAAGAUCUUUGUUGGUGGUAUCAAAGAGGACACAGAGGAGCACCACAUUCGGGAAUAUUUUGAGAAAUACGGAAAGAUUGACUGCAUCGACAUCAUGGAGGAGCGAUCCACAGGAAAGAAGAGAGGAUUCUGCUUUGUGUCAUUUGACGACCAUGACACUGUGGACAAAAUCGUCGCGCAGAAAUUUCACACAAUAAACUUUCACAAUUGUGAAGUCAGGAAAGCGCUAUCUAAACAGGAAAUGAAUGCUAUAUCCAGUAACCGAGGAAGGAGCGGAGGAUCAGGAAACUUCAUGGGCAGAGGUGGAAAUUUUGGAAGCAGCGAUAACUUCGGUCGAGAUGGCUACGGAGGACGCGGUGGUUAUAAUGAUGAUUUUGACAAUGGUCCGGGAGGAAAUUAUGGCGGUGGACCUGGUUAUGGAGGUGGCCGAGGGGGUUACGGUGGUGGCGGUCCAGGCUACGGAAACCAGGGCGGUGGAUUUGGUGGCAGCGGUGAUGGAGGUUAUGGAGGCAACCGGGGAGGAUAUGGAGGGGGUGGAAAUUACAACGACUUUGGAAAUUAUGGUGGACAGCAGUCAAACUAUGGGCCAAUGAAGGGAAAUAACUUUGGUGGCAGAAACUCUGGUGGACCAUAUGGUGGUGGCUACAGCUCCGGAGGCAGUGGUGGAGGCUACGGCUCACGGCGGUAUUGAACGCAGCAUGUUUUUGAUGUGGAAAUGGGCAUUCUCUUCUUGCUGAAAAUGCUGUAAAGGCCUGAUAACAUGGGAGGUUCUGGAUGGGUAAGACAUUUUUUGACAUUAUCAAAGGUUUUCCAAUGUCAUGUAUUAGUGCUACUUGUUCUGACUAAUCAUCUUAUAUAAAAAUGUGUCUUAAAGAAUGUUGCCCAUUGUUUGACUUUUGUUCACCAAUUCUUGAUGUUUAAUUGUUUUUUUAUUGCACUUUAAUUGUCAGAGAUCCUAAUAGCGAUGAAACACAUAAUUUGUUGGCCAAAAAAGGAUACUUUUCUUUUAUAUUCAGUCAACUUUAUCACAAUUGUACAAAAGAGAACAUGUUUGAACAGAUUAGCUUACAUUUUGCUAACAUUUGCCACGGUACAGUUGAGAUUAAAUACACCAUGAGUAUGCUCAGUCUUUAUGUGUUUGGUCUAAUUCUAAAAGCAUGUUUUAGUUUAAGAUGUAAACAGCAAAAGCAUCCCGGUAAAGUAAAAUUUUGCAACAUAAAAACUAGUUAAAGAGUCAAAAGGUCUACACAAGUGCAUAGAAAAGCAAUGGACAGCAUCAAUCUUAUCACAGUGUGAUAUAUAAGGGAAUAUCUAUCACACUGAUAUAAUGUAUUUUGUUAUAUUGGCCAACCCUACUCAGGUAUAAGUGGCAACAGUUUUUGUUGUAUAGAUGGAUAACAAUUUCCGGGGAAUGUUACUUCUAGGUAUUAUUAUUAAAAGAUGUGUUUACUUAAGUAAUGUUGAAUCUUGAGUUGCAGACCAAACACAUCAUGCAUUUAAAGAUUGUCAGUCUUUGGAACAAAUUAAGUAAUUAAAUUUGGUGCUCAGUUUCACUUAGCUGGCCAAAAACAGCACUGACAUAUUUGUAUCUUUAAGUUCACAAUAAUCCCUAAAAGAGCCCUGAAACAUCAGUAUGCCAAACAGGUCCAGACUGAUCGUUGUUUUGACAAACCUCUACGUGCAGCUCUGAGCCUGUGCUUUUAGAGCGCUAUCUGACUGGAACAACCUGUUCUCUUGUUACCAACAAUAUUUCCCAGCUCCUCAACAGCACGACAGUGUUUAUCAACUGCUCUGAUUUUCAUGUAAACUGUGACAUGUUGUGUUCAUCUUAAUAAAAGGUACUUUUUUUCUA